AGGAUCCACCUAACGAUAUACCUGUUGAUGUACCUAUUAUUAAAGAGACUGAACCUAUUUCUUCCCCAAUUCUUACUACACCAAAGAUUGCAAAAAUUCCAACUCCAAUCAUUCCUCGACAAACUCUCUCAAAAACAAUCAAUGAUAGUCUUUCUCUUCUUUCUAAACCUAUCAGCAUGAUCGACAUUCCUGUAGAAAUAUUUAGUUAUAUAUGCGCGAAUCUGCCACCCGAUGAUUUAUUAUCACUAGUUUUGGUUUGUCAAACAUUCAGGAGGUUGUUAUGCAAUCCUGUCUCACCGGUCUCUCAGUCGAUCUGGAGAACUUCUCGUGAAAAUUUCUUACCUCACCUUCAAUUACCUCCUCCGCUUGGUAUGGAUGAGAAACAAUAUAUCGUACUUAGACAAUUAAGGAAAGGUUGUCAAUUUUGUCAAGAACGUGAAACCGGUUUCGUUAAAGUUUAUUGGCAAUUCAGAGUAAGAUGUUGUGAAAUGUGUCUUGAUGAACGAACUACUAGACGUGACACACUCUAUAUUAAUUGGUGUGUUCCAGAUGAAGUACUUAGUACCCUACCUUUUAUCUUUCGUGGUGCAUCUCAAGUUUAUUGGACAAAAGAUGUUAUUGCCACUAUGCAUGAAUAUUCAAACAUCUGCGAUGAUGAUUUACUAAAUUGGAUUGAUCAGCGUCGAACAAUAGCAAAUAACAUAAUGAAUGUGACUCCAGAUUAUGAACGUGAAGAAAAUGAUGAACUGCAAUCAAAUUUGAUAUUUACAAAUCAGAUCGUUAAUCCGAUUUCUAUAAACCCAUUACUUCUACAAAAUUCUGUUCAACAAAUACCAUCUCAAUUAUCUCAAUUAAAUCGUUUUCAAUAUUUAGUUCCUUCUCAAUUUAAUCCUUCUCAAUUUAACACUGCUAUACCUUUUAAUCGUUCUCAUUUUAUGUUUACUCCUCAUCAGCAAUUUUAUUCUCAAUUUUUUCCACGUGUUAACCGACAACCCAUUACUCAUUAUCCAUUAGGUCUAAUCCCUCAAUCCCGUAACUUUUAA